AUGAACUGUUUUUUUCAACAGGCUGUGUGCGAUCAUAAAUGUCGUUUUAUUCAUUGCUAUGCUGGGAAUGUGGGUUCAGUACAUGAUCAACGGGUUUUCAGAUUAUCUGAACUGAAAAAUUACCUUGAUGACGCAACCAAAUUUCCUAAUAACACCCAUUUAAUUGGUGAUUCUGCUUAUACCUUGCAUGAACAUCUUAUGGUUCCAUACCGUGAUAAUGGGCACUUAACUCAAAAGCAAAAGAAUUUCAACUUUUGUCAUUCCUCUGCAAGGAUGGCAAUUGAACGGUCUUUUGGUUUCCUAAAAGGACGGUUUCGUAGUCUCCUAACAACAUUGGAUAUGAAGCGUGUCGAUCUAAUUCCCAAGUAUAUUAUUGCAUGCUGUAUUUUACAUAAUAUAUGCUUAUUACAAAAUGAUGAGUUUCCUGGUCUACCUGAAACAACACCGGUAAACGAAAAUAUACAAGCUCGUGGAGAGUUGGUUGCAAUUAAUCGUCAAGGAGCAUUCAAGAGGGACAAUUUGUGUGAUCAACUACCUUUUCGCCAUAUAUAG